AAGAAUCAAAUUACGGACACACCCACCAUCCAUCCAUCAACUCGCGACUAUUCCUUCAACCACUCUCCACACAAACUCACAACCACCGCCUCACAAAUGAACAACAACCAAACUUGGCCUUGCACUUCCUCUUCUUCUCCUUUCACCUCCCUCCCCCUUCCCUCACCCUCCCGCUCUAUCCGCCUCUGCUCCUCCUCCUCCUCCUCCUCCUCAUCCACCACCUCUUCCACCGACUUCUCCUCCCUCCCUUACGACAUCCUCACCAAAAUCUCUGCUUCCUUCGACCACCCCAACCUCGAAUCCGCCUCCCUGGUAUGCCGCUCAUGGUGCGAGGCGCUACGACCGUUACGCGAGGCUAUGGUGAUGCUCAUGUGGGGGAAACGGUUGAAGCAUGGAAAGCGUGGAGUUCGGAAGAAUACGGAGAAGGCACUUGAGAUGUUUACGAAAGCUGCGGCGAAGGGUUCGGCUCUUGCUAUGGUGGAUGCUGGGCUUAUUCAUUGGGAGAAAGGAGAGAAAGAUAAAGCUCUUGAUUUUUAUCUUAUGGCUGCUCACCUUGGAAAUGCUUCUGCUCAGUGUAAUUUGGGGAUUUCGUAUCUUCAAGUUGAACCUCCAAACACUGAGCAAGCUUUAAAAUGGUUAUAUAAAGCUUCCGAAGGUGGGAAUAUCCGGGCCCAGUACCAACUUGCUCUCUGUCUUCAUCGAGCUGGUGGGAAUAGAAGCAAUAUAAGAGAAGCGGUUAAGUGGUAUAUGAAAGCUGCAGAAGGUGGGUAUAUGCGUGCUAUGUACAAUAUAUCCUUGUGCUACUCUUUUGGGGAAGGAAUGGCACGCAAUCAUCAAAUAGCAAGAAAGUGGAUGAAGCGGGCUGCAGAUCGUGGUCAUACUAAAGCUCAAUUUGAGCAUGGACUUGCUCUUUACUCUGAGGGAGACAUGAUAAAGGCUUUGGUGUACUUAGAACUUGCUGGUCGCGCUGGUGAAAAGGGUGCUGCUCAUGUAAAGAAUGUAAUUGUUCAUCGGAUUUCUGCUGCUUCACACAAUCAUGCCAUGCAUCUAGCUGAUAGUUGGCGUGCUUUGCCAUCAAAUUGAGCUAAACCUUAUUUGUGAACAAGAAGUUGCAUUACUUUUACCGUGCAUCAUACGGACGAAGUGGUCUUAAUGUAUUUAAUGUCUAACUUAUAGUUUGUGUUCUGUUCGACGGUUCGACCAAUAUAAAUCAGUGUAUCUCAAGAUAUUCUUCCUUAAAAAAGGCUACAUGUAUCUAUAGAUGUUUUAUAAGAUGAACUGUUGAUAAAUUCUUCUUCAGAUCAUAAUAGUACUGUGCAGAGUAGAAUACAAACAGCUUUUUGUCUGUCCUUAUAUGAUUGCAGCUUCUUUAUGUUA